AUGGCUAGCUUUGACUUGGGUGCAAGUGAUAUUGACUUGGAAGAUGCAGAAGUUUUGGAUGCCGCUUCCAACUACUUCAACUUUUUAUCUACAGAUGAAAUAGCCAACAUGUCAGGAUUCUCUUUAUCAUCUACAGCAACUGCGACGUUAGCAACUGGUGAGGUGGUGGAAAAGACCACUACUGAAAAGCGCGUUUCGUCAGAACAGCACAGCAGUGAAGAAAGAGUUAAGCGAUUUGUGCAAGUGUCUGAGUCAGAUCUGGAUAGGAUACGUGAAAGUCGUGUUCCCGCAAACACCAAACGAGCUACUAAGAACUGGAUGCGUGUUUUUGACACUUGGUGUGUGGAGAACAAGAAAACGUGCGACUUGAAAACAAUACAAGCGACUGAUCUAGCAUCUAUCCUGAAGCAUGCCUAUGUUGAAAUCCGUCAAGUCAACAAACAGCCGUAUUCUAAGAACAGCUUACUGCAGUUUCGGAGUGCCAUUCACCGUGAACUGCAAGAGCUGAAGCGCACCAUCAAUCUCUAUACUGAUAGUGAGUUUAUCGAGGCUAACCAAGUACUUGAUGGCUACCUAAAGCAGUUAAAGAAAGACGGCCUGGUAGCACCAACGCAGCACAAGCCUCCCAUCUCCGAUAGCGACAAAGAAAAGAUCUACAAGCACCUCGGUGACUGGAAGACAAAUGCGGAUCACCUCACCUACCUUGUCUGGUUCGUCAUCACUUACCACUUCUGUCUGCGUGGUUCGGAGAUUCAGGCGUAUCUAACAUCCGACGACCUGGAUGUGAAGACCAACGACAAAGGCAAAAGAUACAUCACAUUAGCCACAGCAUUCGCCCAGAAGAACCAGCAAGGCGGCAUUAAAGGAAAGGACACGGUGUCUGAUGGGAUGAUAGUGUCCGACUGGCAGGUGGAAGCCGUCCUACUCCUCACUUCAAAGUUGUCUGUGAAGUCCAAGCGACUCUUUCAGAUACCACGCAAACAUUACCAGCCAGAGGAUGCAGAAUGGUACACAGGCCAAGUGUUUGGUAAAAACAAAAUCGAUGGCAUGAUGAAGAAGAUGAGCGAAACAGCGCGACUAAGCCAGAUCUACACCAACCACAGUGUGCGCGCCACCGCCAUUACGACCUUGGCUAAGCAAAAUGUGAGUGCCACUACAAUCAUGCGUACUUCCGGCCAUCGGAAUGCCCAAAGCCUAGACUCGUACUUGCAGCCAAGCGAGCAUGACAAGAUGAAAACUGCUCACCUGUUGGACGUAGACGCCAUUGAUGAAGCACUGCAGUGCGCGACUCCGGAGGAACUGCAGGCCUUGGAAGAGCCUCAGGCACCUCCCCCGUCAGCUUCUGUCACUACCAGUUCAUCAACGGUGACGUCGGAGAAUAGCGCAAAAUUCAUAUUCUCUGGCAACUUCAGUGGUGCCGUUCACAUACAUGUGAACGAUGUGAAGGAACUGCGCUGA